AAUAUGGGAAGUCGAAGUUGAAAGUCACUGUAUAUCGUAACAUUGGCCUGCCAAGAUAGCAUCGUAUGUUCAACUAUGCGUUUAAUUUGAAACCGAACUUCGACAGCCACGGGUUGCUAAAAUUUAGGGUGGUCAUAGUAGCAUGUAAUGGAGAGCCAUAUAUAAAGAGGAUUUUAUUAAGCGACCACAGUUGAAGUUUCGACAUGAAGUCGGCCAGUAAACCAAAAGAUUUCAGCAUUAACAGUAUUUUAGCGGAUGUAUCUUUUCAAAAUGACCAGUAUAAAAAGGCAUCUGUAUCUAGCGUGUCGGCAAUGUGUCAAAAUGAUAUUCAAAAAGAGAAAUAUGAAAGGAAAUCUGCAACAGCUUUUAAAAUUAAUGUAGAAGAUAAAGUCGGGUUAAAUACAAAAAAUAACGUGAUGUCUGUCAAGAAAGAAACGAAUUUUGAUAUUACUUCGAAUAAAAUGUAUUUAAUUAAUAACGUUUGCAAUAAUGAUGAAAGUGAAACGAAAAACUACGGGGUGUCUCCUCAACGAAGAAGUGAAGUCGAAGCAGAAGGAAAAUACGAUCAUCAUGAACAAUGUACAUAUUUGUUAAAUACCGAAGAAAAUAUUAUAAUUAAAAUUUUUAACAAAAUAGAAAAUCUAGAGUCAAUGGAGAAUAUAGUGGAGUUGGAAUGGCUUCAAUGUACGAGAUAUAAACCGCCGAAAAUUCCUAGGAAAUCAGCAGUCGGUAAGAAUAAAAGGAAACCAAGUCUUCAUCCUCGAAUACCAUUUUCAACAUUUCAACUGGACUUUCUUGAGCAACAGUUUCGAAGCAGUGCUUAUCUCUCGAAACAAGACGUAUUGAAGAUAUCAAACGUUUUAAACCUUUCUGCUAAUAGGAUAAAAAUUUGGUUUCAAAAUCGACGUGCUAGAGAACGACGUGAAAUUUGUACUAAUGUAUAA